CUCUCGGGCAACAACGUUGAUUUCUGUCAACUGACGCCGACCGGUGCGAGAUUGCUUCUGAGUCCAUGGCGGGUGCAAGCCGCGACCAUGUGCACAUGGUUUGGGCAAACUCCUCAGAAGGAUCGUCCAGCCAAUCUGAAACUCCACAGAUCUUUCAGCAGAUGCGAUUUCUACCGGGCACAGAUUCAAGAAAUGGCUUGUCUCAAAGUGCCUCAUUCUCCCCUUACAUUUCUAUGCUUGCACAGAACUCUUCAAGUUCGAGUAGCACUUCCCAGGAAGUCACGCGGUUGCAACAACAACAACAACAGCAACAGUUUUUGCAUGACUUCCACGUCAACUUCCCUGCUUCGAGUGGACCGGCACCACCAGGAGGUCCCAGACAGGUGCCCAAAGGCCCGCCGGGCGCAUUGAAUGCUGCCUACGCAGCUAUGGAGACAGAGGCCAAGAGAACAAAUCCACCAAGCAUGGAAGGUGGUCAGUGGCAAAGCUUGCCCAAGCAGCAGCCUUGCCCACCGCAGUUGAAGUUUGCGUCUGCGAGUUCAUCUGGUCAAGCUGCUCCUGUUGCAGCUGAAGGCAGGGUCAAGGAAGGGCAUCCAAGCAAGGGUUCCGUAGGACACGACAAGGGAAAUUGCCGGCCGUGCCACUACUUUCAUUCACGGACUGGUUGUGCCAACGGAGAUCAGUGCAACUUCUGCCACCUGAAACACCCGAAGAGGUCCAGAGUUCGAAUUCCCAAGCAGUAUCGUCAGCAGUGCCGGGCGUUGGCCCAACUUGUUUACGAUACCCAAGGAUGUGACAAGGAGAUUCGGCAGGAGAUGGAGUUGCAACUCUUGAUACAGACCAGUUUUGAUCAUCGACUUACUGCGUACGCCACAUCAGUUCUUAAAAGCCUCCGUGGUGGAGCAGUUCUUCAGGACUUUCCACAGGGCUUGGCGCAUGGCGAUGACCAGGCGAGAAAAGGCACCUGACUGCGCAAAUGAAGCGCAUCUGGAGCUGGGAAAGUCUGAAUAGGAUUCAGACCGUCCCCGGCCCAGACCCAUGGUUGGAGGAGCUGGCUGUGGUAAAAUGUUGAUGUUUGC